AUGAUGGGACUGACCAUCGCCACCAACAUCGCCUCCCAAAAUCCCGCCAUCAGACACAUCUACCUCUACGCCGACAACACCGCUGCCAUUACCUCUAUCUUCGACCCAAAACCAUCUGGCGGUCAACUCUACAGCCGAUCAUUUUACGAAACCGCCACCAAAUUCCUCGAUAGCGACCCUCGAAAUCACAUCCACCUCACCUGGUGUCCGAGUCAUCAUGGUAUACCGGGAAAUGAAAGGGUCGACAGGCUUGCCAAACAGGCUACCAACCUAGCCCACAAUGCCCCCAUCACUAUUUCGCGCACCAACGCCAUCCGCAGGGCCAAACUCGCAGCACAGAAAGAAUGGACGCAGGAAUGGAGCAAGGCACCCAAACACGGCUGGUUCGCCAUCGCCGAUCGCCUUCCCCCAUCACUAAAGCCCACCAAACAUUCCAUCCAUCUCUCCAACGACCGAGAACGAUUCGGAAGACUCGUCCAAGCCAGAACAGGCCAUUCGUACACCGGCGAAUUCCGGCGGCGCUUCUUUCCAACACAACCACACCACUGCCCCUGUGGAGAGGCAGCAACAGAAACACGCGAGCACAUUAUCAUCCACUGCAAGCGCUACGAAGACUGGAGGUGGAUCCUGAGAGAGGUGUCUCAAGACGUCGCCCUGCCCGACAUCCUCGGAACCAAACAAGGAAUUGAGGCCCUCGCAGAAUUCCUAGACCGCUCUGGGGCGUUCACACGUACAGGACUCCCUAGGGAACAACCCACCAACCCCACCCUGUCCCAACUCUCCGAGCAAGAACCCUCCCAACCCAUCACAUCGUCAACCGUCGGCCCACCAGAGGUCAACGGCGGCGAUACAAUCUUCGACAACGGCUGA